GAGCAACCGAAUGACAACACCGGGGCCUUCCCUUUUCUUACCAUCGCUGGUGGAUGUGAUACGGACACAACACAAAGUGAGGCAUCUAGCUAACUAGCUACCGUGAAAACAAAUCAAUACCUGGUUGUGUUGUCACUCCCUGUAACAGACAGCAACGGUAACGUCUGUUAGUUUGUAACUAGAAGACAUUCUUUAUGUGCCACCUGGAGUUACAGAAGUAUGGCAGAUGACAAGGACGUGUUGCGGGAUGUUUGGUUCGGGCGGAUCCCCACCUGCUUCACCCUCAACCAAGACGAAAUCACCGAGAGGGAAGCAGAACCAUUCUAUUUGCUUUUGCCCAGGGUCAGUUAUCUAACGCUGGUUACAGACAAAGUGAAGAAACACUUUCACAAAGUGAUCAGACAAGAAGACCUGGAGGAGAUGUGGUUUGAGUAUGAAGGAACGCCUUUGAAAUGGCACUACCCGAUCGGCGUGCUCUUUGACCUUCAUGCCUCCAACACUGCCCUGCCCUGGAGCAUCAUCGUGCAUUUCAAGAACUUUCCUGAGCAAGACUUGCUUCACUGCCCCUCGAACUCUGUGAUCGAGGCCCAUUUCAUGUCCAGCAUCAAGGAGGCAGACGCCCUGAAACACAAGGGUCAGGUGGUCAAUGAGAUGCAGAGGAAGGAUCACAAGCAGCUGUGGAUGGGGCUGCAGAAUGAUAAGUUUGACCAGUUUUGGGCCAUGAACAGAAAGCUGAUGGAAUAUCCCACAGAGGAAGGCGGAUUCCGGUACAUCCCAUUCAGGAUAUACCAGACGAUGAGCGACAGGCCGUUCAUCCAGAAGCUGUUCCGCCCGCUGUCGCCCGAUGGCCACGCCCACACCCUAGGAGACCUACUGAAGGAGAUGUUCCCGGCUGCCAUACCCCAGGACGAUGAACAGAAGUACCAGGUCAUCAUCCACGGGAUCGAGCCCAUGCUUGAGACUCCCGUCCAGUGGCUGAGUGAGCACCUGAGUCACCCGGACAACUUCCUGCACAUCUGCGUCAUCCCGGCGACUAACGACUGACAGCCCCCUCCCCGUAACCAACGGCGCCCACAGAGCUCACCGGGGGACGCACCUUUAUGACAUCAUCGCUCUCUGAAACUCUCCCAGAGGAAACUCUCUCCCUUAAUCUCCAUUGCUCUGGCCUUCACUCAUCUUUUCAGUCCCCCUCUCUCUCUCCCUCUGUGUGUCUCCCUCUCUCUUCCUCCUCUCUUUUGCGGUCCUCCUCGCAGCGUCAGUCAGUCUGCGGGCCUUGCGAACAGGAGAGGAAGUGAUGAGCGCGGACGACAUUCAGACAAACAAUCGGACGGGGAAACAAACACAGACGCGCGUUUCCUGGAGAGAGCGGGGGGGCCUGUCGCCUCGGCGGGACUGCUGGGGGGCCCUGCCGCACGCUGCCUGCCCGAUAAACCCCCCCCCCCGCCCCCCCUGCCCCCCCGCCCACGCCCCCGAAGGGGAACAAACAUUUCUGUUUAAUUUACAGCCCCGUCUUUUUUAGAUCCUCCGUCGUCUCUCUGUUAAUCACGGGGUUCCAAGCCUGGCUAAUUAGGCCAGCGAGGGACUCCUUCCUCUCUCUGGCUGGGUGCAAUGCCUGCGUGGGGGGUGUAAUUAUUUUAAUAUGUCGCACUUUUUAAGCAUUAUGUGGAUUGAGGGACACGGGGGGUGGGGGGGUCCGAGUGACAGAGGUGUGAAAAGAGGGAAUGGAAUUCUCGCUGUCUGCUCUGUUGGCUUUCAUGUCAGACCCCCCCCCCCAUCCCCCACCGCACCGCACCCCACCCUGCCCACCAUCCCAAUUAGUUUGGGGGUUAUGCAGAUGGCUCGCAGUGUGCUGGCUCCCUCAGACAGACUCACGGCUUCAGUUAUCUGCCUUAUUUCGUAAGGAAGGAAGGUCACCGAUGUUUGUCUUAGCGUGGACGUGCUGAUUCUGAGGAGAGGGCCGUGAGCGUUUCGGGGGGGCUUGCCACUCAGCGAUGAGACAAAUGGGGACUGCAUGAUGAAUGAAGGAGAACACAGCAUCUUAAAAGCUCCGACUAACUUCUAGUCACUCUGUUUUCCCCUUAUUUUUCCAUCUGCCCUUCUGUUGACCCGCCCCCCCCGGCCCCACCAUUCUGAGCAGAGCUGGCGUGUCCAGCGAAGGGGCUCGUCUGUUCAGUGCUUGUGUUUGUGUGUGUUUUUGUGCGCACAUGCUUGUGUGUGAGUAUGCUUGCGUAUGUGCUUGUGUGUGAGUGUGUUUGUGUGGGUGUUUGUGAGUGUGUUUGUGUGUGUGUUUCUGAGUGUGUGUGUUUGAUUGUUUGUGCCCUGCCAAAACACGCACAGAUUCUGCACCAAAGAGAACCCAGGCCUAGACAGAAUAUUUCAUUUAACACUUUUUAAUUAAACGCUCACCUAAUUUUCUCUAUAAUAUGGCCAUCAGAGAGACAGGAAGAGAUGCAUUGUCAGCUUUAACAGAAGGAAGUGACAUUGGUCACCAUGCAUUCCGACGCCACAGCGGCCCGGGGGGUGGUGGGGUCCGUUGCGGUGCCCAGUCUCCUGACGGGCGCACAUUUUGGCAGUCGUACGUGCUGGUCUGUAACCACGGCUGAGCUCUCCGGCCCCGCGUGGCAGUGGCGUAACGGGGGGGGGAGGAUUCCGCAGGCCUGAACACAUUUGUUUGCGUUUUGCGCGUUUCGGGGGGGGGGGGGUCACGGGGUUCUGCGGGGGCUAAACCGAGACGCGGCGCAAACGAGCCACAGCUGAGAAUAAUUAUUUAUUUAUAGGAAUCCGUGACUCCGACUUCCCAUAAGCGCGUCACCCCGUGCCCUGCUGGCCCAGCAGAAAAAGCCCCGCACUCGGGUCGCCGGGCGACCGCCCCGUCUCCACGGAGAACGCUCCGCACGCUCCGGCGUGGAGCGCAGGCCCCGCGCUAUGAGAACAGCGUCCGCGCGCCGCAGAUUGUUUACAAACAACUGCGUCUGAAUCUCUUUCAACACGGCCCCGCUGGGGAGGAGGGGGCCCGGGAGGAAAGCGCUGUCGGGCGAUGGCAUGAAUGUAACGGAAGAGUUGUGUAAUUGUUUGAUUGUUCUUUUUUCCCAGACCAGUCAUCUGUUCUUUUUCCUCUUUUUUGAGUGUUUGAUUCCAGCUGUCACGACCUGCCAUGUGACGGUGACGCCAUUUUGGCUCGGGGGGCUUUACAGCUUAAUAGUGUAAUGAAUUUACGACACGACAGAACAAACUAAUUAACACCGCAGAUUAAUAAGGCCAUAUGGGGGUUUUUUUCCCUGCAUAACUUGUAACUCCACACGUGCAUUUAAUUUCUCUCUACAUAUUUCUUUGCAAAGGCUUUUUCUCUCUUUUACUUGUUAGUUUACUUGAGGAUUUUUUUUUUUUUUCUCAAAGCAUCAACAUUCAAAUAAAAUUCAAAUGUUUUAUA